AUGUGUACGGGACAGCCGAGAAUAUGCUACAGUAUCAAGAGCCCAAGUAUGAGUGUACCAAAGUUUAGGCACCAGGAAAGAUCAUACCCAGAAACCCGCAGUCUUAGCACGAUAAAUUACGAGCUACAAAUCAUCCUUGUACCGCUAGAGAAUGCCGAGAAGCUGGGACUUGUUCGAGCAUCGAAACGCGCGCAUCAUUUUUGCAAUUUGGUUAUUGCCCAAUGCAAAAACUUGGUUGGCGGAUACAAAAAUACCGUGUACGCAAAUCAUUCUGAAUACAAUGACGAUCAGGAAACAACGAUAACCAAGAACUUUGGCCAAGUUGGCGGACCUCUCAAUAGACGUCUAGACCACUUGGAAGUGGCCAUGUAAGUAACGGGAGACUUCUUCCUAUAAUUUUUACCUUUUGUUUCCGAAACUGACUAUACUUCAAUCUCUUUGAGAUAUUAUAUUGCACCUCAAAGAGUAAAGCACCUGAAUGACAUGGCUGACACAGCGACCUAG